AUGCUUGACUUCUCCUGGAGCGUGCCCGUGCAGCGGCUAGGGGAGCAGCAAGGGGGGGAAGACGGGCAGCAGGGGGUGACUGUGUCGCCGCGCGAGCAGGUGGUGUGGAAGUGCGAGCAGGCGCCGCUGCUGUGCGUGCAGGCCAUGCUGCUCGAGUGGCUGGCUGAGCCGCGUGUGGGCGUGCUCAUGGACCUGGGGAAGAUCCGAUCCCGCCUGCCUGCCAUCCUGGGCUAUACACCCGCUGCUGCUGCUUCCUCUGCUCCUACCGCGCCUGCUACAUCUUCUGCUGAAGCUUCUAUAGCGGCCAAAGGAGGUUCUGCCACGGGUUCCCCUGCUGCCCCUGCUCAUCCUCCACCUGCUGUUCCAGUGUCGUCGUGCUGCUGGCGCUGCCGCGGCUGCUGGGCUGCCUACCGCCGUGCUGUCAGCUUCGCAGCCUUCCUGGUGCUGGUGGCGAGGUCCCCGCGCGUCACAACGCUAUGGAAGACCCACAUGGAUCGCUCUGAAACAUUCACUGCCAUCGUCACCGCACUGGGAGCAGGCAGGCAGGCACAACCGGACUGCUUUGCGUCCAUGCUCGUUCAGGUGCUGGGAGUGAAAGAGAGCGCUGACCUGCAGGAGGGGUUUGGCAUGGAAAGCAGGGAUGUUCCCAGGGGCAUGUAUGUGAGUGGCGUGGGAGGCACUGAUUUCGCCCUGGCAGUGGCGUCAGUUCUGUCAAUGCCAGAGCACUAUGAGGACCAGUCAUUGCUGGUGGAUGGCAACAACGCUAGCAAGGCCAAAGUGGAAAACGCCGCUAUUUAUGAGGCAAGGAACAGGCUGAGAAGGGAGGUGGGUGAGAGGGGCAGAGUGUGUAAAAGCAGUGGUACAGAUGCCACUGGUGCAGCCGCCACUGCUGCUCCUGCGUCUGGCUCUUCCGUACCCUCCGACUCCACUGGUGGCUCUACUCCCGCCACUGCUGUCACCAACUUGUCUUCUGUCACUGCAACAACGUAUGAGGCAUCUCAAAAGUCCACUGCAGCGGCUCAAUCCAGUGCCAUUCUCGCCCCUGGGCUCGUACCUGUGAACACCAACCCCGCUAUGGCUGUCCUAACUUAUCGAGUCGCUUGCAUGUUGCAGUGGGUCCGAGUCUACGGCUCGGAUUUCAUCUCAGAGAAACGUUGCUUCAAAAGUAACCCUCGGGGCAAGGUCCUGCCCAUGCGUCACCCUCUUCGGGACCUUCCGAGCCUGUUGCUCAGCUUCGGCGCCAUCCCCAAGCCUCUCGAGGGAAGCGGCUUCUCUCUGGAGUGGGAUGAGUGGCCGCAUGGCGAUGCAGCUGCUGUGAAGUUUCCUGACGACCCGAGAGCGCGUUGCUUUGGACUUGGCAUUGUGGGGGAGAGUGGGAUGGGAGAGGAGAGGGGCAGUUCAAGUGGUUCAACAGAGGUGACCGAAGAGAGUGAGGCAGCGGAGGAGGGUGACCAUGGGUCAUCUGAGCCUGUGCAACGAGCAGUAGGGAAGGGUAAGGCUGGGAAAGGUAGAGGGAAGAAGGGGAAAGGAGGGAAGGGCAGUGGCAGCAGCAAGAAGGUGGAAGAAGUGGCCGAAACAAUCACAAGGCGUGGGAUGGGGCAAGGAGGUUCCAGGCAACCCCGCCUGCCCAUCAUUCGCUGCCGUGCCGAUGUGGAUUUUCUUCUAGCCCUCCUCGGGCCCUUGAUCAAGGUCCCCGAGUGCUCGCACUGCAUCAAAUGCCUCGGCACCUUCAUCUACCACGUGCCGUGCUGCGCUCUCAUCGCCAACUUCGCCUAUCGCCCCGUGGAGGCUCUCUUCGGCCGCUUUCUCUCCGCCUACCCCGCGCACUCCCGCGAGUUCGACCAGCUGUUGAAGGCGCUGCUGCUGCGCUCGCCUCUCACCGUGGCGGAGCAUAUCAGGUUGAUCAACGAGGCCAGCCCUGCCGGCGUGCGCAGGGGCAUGAGUGCGCUGCGCCAUCGGCCGGAGCAGAUGAGGGAGCUUCCUCAGGAUCCGGGCAUGCGGGAGCGUGUGAUGCUUUUGAAGGCACGGCAGAUGCCGCUCUUCUUCCUGCUAGGCGUGGCUGUAUACUAUGCCAAGCCCAUCAUGGGUAUGUCUGAUGAGGAGGAGGUGGUCACAGAUACCGGGGAUGUGGAAAUUAGAGAAGGUGGUAGGAGGAUCGAGAGGAAGCCGGGGAGCGGAGGCAGGGUAGGGGUUGUGGAUGGUGGGGAGGAGGGCGAGGAGGAAGAGGAGGACGACGGGGAGGUAUGGCUUGAGGUGAAAUCGUGGGGCUUUGACAUGCUGUCCGCCUGGAGAGCCAUGACCAAGGUUAUGGGGCCGGGACUGGACGUGACGUGCGGCAGGAGCAGCAGCAGAGAUGUGCUGCCCAGGAAGGCAGGAGCGCCCAUGUCAAGGGAGUGGGGCGUUGACAUGUGGGCCCAGGCUGCCAUACCCAGGUUUCGUGACGACAUGGCGGCGAGUCAGGGUAGGUGUGGGAAUGAUGGUGGGGAUAGCAGCCUGAGGAGUGGCAGCAGUGGAAGUGGUGGGAAGAGUGAGGGAGAGGAAGGAAAGGAGGAGGAGCCGGCUUAUCUGAAGCCCUGGCCCGGGGGGAUCAAUCUGGUGGCGUGUCUGCGCGAGAUGCUGCUGGGGGAGCCCUGCUACCGCCCUGCCUCCCCUGCUGCGUCUUCCUCCCAUCCUGCAGCACCAAACGCGUCUGUCUCUUCCGGAAUACCAAUUUCUUAG